AUGGUUGAAGUUGUAGAAAAAUCUGCUACCGGCCCUAACUACAUUGCAGAUCAGCAACCGAAAUUGUUGGUACGAAGCUUGCAAAAGACCUUGGGGGGCCUUCUAGGAAUUCCUCCUCGCGACUGCCUGUACUUUCUUGAUUCGUGUCUGGAGCAAACAUUUCGCGUAUUGGCUAUGUCGGCUCCAAUCGCUCAUACAUGUUCACGUUUGCUACGUAGUCUCCAGAAUCAGGCAAAAGCGCCUGUUUCAGCCCUCCUGCCUCUUUUUGGCCUUAUCCUCUACACGUUACUUGGCGCCCUACUCUUUAGUGAGUUAGAAGGUCCAAAUGAACAAUACGAAUUGGAAGUUCUCAAAAAACAGAGGAAUGAACUUUUUGAAGUAGGCCAAUCGAGUUUCCGAAUUCCAGCGGCAUCUAUUAAGUGA